AUGUUUGAUCGAUCCAUCCAUCCAUCCAUCCAUCCAUCCACAACAAUUUUGGUGAUGCACCGGCGGGGGAGGACGCCGAGGAAGGUGGCCUUCUUGUUCCUCACCCGCGGCCCGCUGCCGCUGGCGCCGCUCUGGGAGCGCUUCUUCAACGGCACCGGCACCGGGGGCGCGAAAGGAGGCAGGGAGCUCUUCUCCGUGUACGUGCACACCACGCCGGGGUACCGCCUCGACGUCCCGCCGUCGUCGCCGUUCCACCGCCGGCAGGUGCCCAGCAAGCCGACGCGGUGGGGCAACGUGAAUGUCGUGGACGCGGAGCGGCGGCUGCUGGCCAACGCGCUCCUCGACCUCAGCAACGAGCGCUUCGUGCUCGUCUCCGAGUCCUGCAUCCCGCUCUACCCGCUCCCGGUGGUGCAUGCCUACCUGACCCGCUCUCGGCACAGCUUCGUCGGCGCCUUCGAUGACCCGAGCCCGCACGGCCGGGGCCGGUACCGCGUCGGGCUGGCCCCGGACGUGACUCUCUCCCAGUGGCGCAAGGGCGCGCAGUGGUUCGAGAUGGACCGGCGCCUCGCCGUGUUCGUGAUUGCCGACGAGCGGUACUACCCACGUUUUCGGACCGAGUGUCGGGCACCGUGCUAUGUGGACGAGCACUACCUUCCCACCGUGCUCUCCAUCGAGGCUCCGGAGCGCAUCGCCAACCGGAGCAUCACCUUGGUCGACUGGUCCCGCGGCGGCGCGCACCCGGCCACCUUCGGUGCCGCCGACGUGACUGAGGACUUCCUGGGGACGCUGGUGGGGAAGAAGGGGAAUGCUGAGCGGUGCAUGUACAACGGGCAGCCGGUCGAGGUGUGCUUCCUCUUUGCGAGGAAGUUCGCCCCUGCCGCUUUGCCGCAGUUGCUCAGCCUUUCCUCCAAGAUCCUUGGGUACUAG